ACAGAACGUUAAUGAUGGGCGGGAUGAAGGAAGGAACACGAAGAGGACCAUGGACAGAGCAGGAAGACCUGCAGCUUGUGUGCUUUGUGAGGAUAUUUGGUGAUCGACGUUGGGAUUUCAUAGCAAACCUCUCAGGGCUUGAGAGGACUGGAAAGAGCUGUAGGUUACGUUGGGUUAAUUACCUACACCCUGGCUUAAAACAUGGCCGCAUGACACCUGAAGAAGAGCAUUUGAUUCUGGAACUCCACUCUAAAUGGGGAAACAAGUGGUCUCAGAUAGCUGGAAAGCUGCCUGGUAGAACUGAUAAUGAGAUUAAGAACUAUUGGAGAACACAUAUGAGGAAAAUGGCACAAGAAAAGAAGAGAAAUUCACCCUCUUCUUCUUCUUCUUCUUCUUCUUUUUCUAAUGGAAUGGAGAAUCAAGAAGAGGUGAGCUUUAUUGUAACAAUGGCUGAAGAAAAAGAAGAGGAGGUGAAGGUGGAGGUUUACCCCAUGGAUCAGCUGUGGAAUGAGAUGGAGUUCUCUUCUGUUUGGGAGUGCUGAGAGUUGAAUCCUUGUGGAAGGAACGAGAUGAUGAGCCCAAUUUAGUUCCUU